AUGGCCUGCUGCUUGGGGCCUGUGCUGCUGCUGCUGCUGCUACUGCUUCUGGGGUCGCCGAGCUCCGCCGGACGGAACCGAUGCGUGGACGCAGCCGAGGCGUGCACGGCGGACGCGCGGUGCCAGUGGCUGCGCACGGAGUUCGUGGCUCGGUGUCUGGAUCGGGCCGGGCCCGGGGGCUGCCCCCGCGCCCGCUGCCGCCGCGCUCUGCGCCGUUUCUUCGCCCGCGGGCCACCCGCGCUCACCCAAGCGCUGCUCUUCUGCCCGUGCGCGGGCCCCGCGUGCGCCGAGCGCCGGCGCCAGACCUUCGUGCCCGCCUGCGCCUUCUCCGGGCCCGGCCCCGCCCCGCCCUCCUGCCUCGUGCCCUUAGACGCCUGCGAGCACAGCCNGCUGCGCAGGCCCCGCCUCCUGGCCUUCCAGGCCUCCUGCUCGCCCGCCCCCGGCGCCCCAGACGGCUGCUUGCCGGACCAGGCUCCCAGCUGUCUGCGCGCCUACGCAGGCCUCGUGGGCACCGCCGUCACCCCCAACUACGUGGACAACGCGAGCGCGCGUGUGGCACCCUGGUGCGACUGCGGAGCCAGCGGAAACCGGCGUGAGGAGUGUGAAGCCUUCCGGGGGCUCUUUACGAGGAACCGGUGUCUGGAUGGCGCUAUACAGGCCUUUGACAGCUGGUGGCCCCCAAUCCUGCAGGACCAGUUGGACUCCCUCCAGGACCCUGGACACAGCCUCCUACAGGUGUCCUCGGCAGACAGGCCCCUGGAGGGGAGCUCCCUGCUCUCCAUGCUCCCUGUCCUGGCUCUCCAGCCCCUGCUGUGACUAGGACAGCAGACCUCGGACAACACAGCCAACUGUCCCACGCUGCCUGGAGUAC